GUGCAGCAGAAGACCAAGGCAAGAUCUGUCCCUGAGUCUCAGCCACCCCAAAACAAAAUCCCAAGAUGGGCAAUAAUCUGAAAGCCAUACUUGCUUUUGUGCCCUCUAACAAGUGCCAGAAGUACCUCCUAGAAGACCUAGAAGAGAUGCCAGUAGAUAAAAUGGUCGAUCUGAGUGGAAGGCAGAUGAGGCAGCUGCCUGUGCACAUUUGCUCCUUUAGGGAACUGGUAAAGCUGUACCUGAGUGACAACAACCUGAACUAUCUGCCCCCCGAGCUGGAGCAGCUGCAAAACCUGCAGAUCUUGGCACUGGACUUCAACAACUUCAAGGCACUGCCCCUAGUCGUGUGCACGCUGAAGCAGCUGUGCAUCCUCUACCUGGGCAACAACAAGCUCUGCAGCCUGCCCCUCGAGCUCCGACUGCUGCAGAACCUCAAGACCCUCUGGAUCGAGUCCAACUGCCUGCAGUACCUGCCCGAAGUGGUGUGUGAGCUCAGCCUGCUCAAGACGCUGCACGCCGGCUCCAACGCGCUGCGCAGCCUCCCUCCGCAGCUGCGGGGCCUGCAGGAGCUGCGCACCAUCUGGCUGUCGGGAAACCUGCUGGCAGAGUUCCCUCCCGUGCUCCUGGACAUGCCCUUCCUGGAGGUGAUCGACGUGGACCGCAAUUCCAUCCGCUUCUUCCCCAGCCUUGCUCACCUCACCGGCCUGAAGCUGGUGAUCUAUGACCACAACCCCUGCAGGAACGCACCCAAAGUGGCCAGAGGGGUGCGCAGGGUGGGCAGAUGGUCAGAGGAGACCCCCGAGCCCCGCAAGCGAUCUGGGGCGGUGAUAGAAAUCACGCUGGACGAGAAGCCCUUGCUACCUCCUGCUGUCAAGACCGAGCCAGAAGCUGAGCCCUGCUGAUGCUCAACUGCCCCUUUUGGCCAAGGUGGCAGCACGCUCCCACCACUGCCCAACCUCUACCUCUCCUUCGCUUGCUGGUGUGCAGGGAGCACCACAGCACCUGGCAGUCAGCAGGAGUAUGUGCACCAGCUCAGAGAUAAUGGGACAGCAAACUUUGUACAGACACCCGUCUUUGUGCAGCAGCCAGCACUCUCCCUAGAACAGACUUCUUCCCUCUCCUGCUCCUCCCAUGCUGGGACAUGCACAGUUUACAAUAGAGAUGAAGACUCAGUUAACAUGUUUGCCAUGGGUGGACUGCAUGGAGCACACGUGGACUUGCUGCUCCUCACCUGUGGGCUCUCUUCUCCCACCUUGCUGAGGUGUCCCAGCUCAGCUGGAAGCCACUGCUCAAGGUGAUCACUGCUGAGACCUACAGUUCUAAUGCAACCCACAGCAUUGGUCUCAAAUUACUUAUCUUGAAGGCAUCCCUGUCUGCUAAGUGAGAAGUGGUAGCAGAGUCCCAGCUGAUUAUCAAGGAAGCAGCACACAGGUACAGGGGCUCUCCUCUUUCUUCCUGCAAAAUUUGUGACAGCUGUUCUGGUACUGGCAAGCAGCAUUCAAAUGAUGGUGAGGAAAGCUGUAGGCUUUGCUGCUGGGUUUUGUAACUGACAGCACUGCCUCUAAGGGCAGCUGUACAGGACAAGUUUUCACACAGGAGCAAAGAAGAAAAUCAAAGCCUGACUAAAAAGGAAAAGAAAGGAAAAGGCACAAGAGCUGCAAAGGUAAACUUGCAUGAAUAAAAUCCAGGGCUGUGAGCUGUCACUAUAGGCUUGCACAUAAUCUGAUGAGGCAAACUUUACUCAGCUGAUUUCAGCUGGGCAUUUCUCGAGUUUGCAACUUGAACUACUUCAGAUCCCCUUAAAAAUGCACUUUUUUUUUAAGCUUUGCUUGAAUUGAGUAACAAAUCUGGCUCAAAGUGGCAUUUUAAACAUUAGACUUGGUUUACUUUAGCAUGGUUGAACUUUAGGUGACAACUUUUUUAGUAAGAGUGGAGAGCCCUUGGUGGCACACUCUGAGUAGAACUGUCUCACCAGCACAGCAUGCAGAAGCGGCAGCUGACUUCCCAGAAAAGGUCUGAUUCCAUGCCAGUCCAUGACUGCUUAAUGUCAUCUACAUGCUUGAAAAAUUAUCUGGAAAUAUGCAGACUCUGCUAGCACUUGUUGUCUUGUUAAAUGAAAUCUAAAUUUGCACCUGGCUGGCACCCAUGUAGUGUGCUACUAGUCAAAUAAAUAAAAGUAUACUAGCAUCUUGC